AUGAACAGCAGUAUCUCUGAGUCUGCGCUUAUUUCCUAUGCAGCUGCGCCAAUGUCGGGCAGCGUGGUGGAUGCUUCGUACGCAAAGUCUGGAGAGCUUCUCGCCUGCGCUCUGGACUCUGGCGAUCUGGUCUUUCACAACGCAGUCAAGAACAAGCAGUUUGCACCUCUGAAAACCUCUGCUAAAGAGCCUUUUCUAGUGGAGUUCUUGGACUCUGAGCUGCUGGUGCACACCUCUGGGGCUAAUCUGGAAGUGGUGAACUUGAAAAAAGAAGAGUAUGUCAGCCUUUUCUCCGCGCACACAUCGCCUGUGUACAGCGUGUCUACUUCUUCGAUGUUUCGCAAUACAAUAUCUGCUGCCUCGAAUGAAGCCUACAUGUGGGACAUCCGAGAGAAGAACCCGCACGCAAAAAUUCCUGUGCAGGGCAAGCCCAUAGUCAAAUACUCACCAGAUGGGAAAAUAUUCAUGAUACUCUUUGAAGAGAGAAAUGAAAUGGCUUUGUACGAUGUGCGGUCCUACACAGCAGGGCCAUACAAAACAAAGAAAAUAGCAGCCAGUGGGUACAGCGAUAUGCACUUCUCUCCAGAUGGCUUUGGAAUGGUUUUAUUCCAGGAAGAUGGAUUUAGCAUUGCAGAUGGAUUCAGUGGGGACGUAACACUGUAUCUACCUAGCGAAUUUUCCAUGGGCGGGUGUUUUACGCAGGACAGCAGAUCCUUCAUAUACACCACAGGGCCCAGCGAGAUCUCCAUGGCUACUAUUCCCGAAACAAAAAGUGUGCCCAUUUUCUCUGUAAAUGACGGGUCUCUCAUCACCUCUCUGCGAUACAACCCUUGUUUCGAGCAAAUAGCAGUAAUUCACAAGCAGCUCACGUUCUUGCAGAACUCCAACUAG